GAGAAAAAUGCAUUUUGAAAAAAGGGGGUACCAAACGGGAGCUUAGAGACUGUUUGGUAGCCAUUUUCACUUAUCCAAAAUUAAUUAUUCGAACGUUGCCACCCACUUGUCUGACACCCCUGCAUCAUUAUACAGUACAUCAUUUUUUCUCUUUCCCUCACAAUCCCCCUCCCACUUGCCACCCACUUGUUUGACAACCCCUGCAUGCAUAAAAAAGUACAUGAAUUUUUCUCUCUCUCACAAUGCCCCUCCUACCGACACUUUCUUUCACCAACCUUCAGCUCCAAACCCGGCAAGAGUCUACCUACCCAAUACACUGGCCGAAUAUUUCACCUUCCCAUGCCGUGAACACGUCCCAUAGCAACCGUCACCAAUUCCUAUCAGUUCCCAGCUGUACGACGACGCCAAAACGACACAGCGCCGGUGACAAACAAUGGAUCACGUCGAGAAACAGGCAGGACACCUUGCUGGAGGACCUUCCUACCCUGCAAUGAGGACGUCCGACAACCGGCCACGAAGUCAUAUCCUUGCUGGAGCCCAGAUGCCAAUCGAGCCUUCAUUGCAGUGUGCGAGAUCGCCAUUGCCGAGGGGCACCGAAAUAGGAGGUGUUUCACCAAACACGACUGGAAACGGGUUGGCUCACUCUUCAACUCAGUGACCGGCCAUAACUAGAGCCAACAACAAUUGCGAAAUCAUUGGGAUUCAAUGCGCCGAACAUACAAGCGUCUAUCAGAGCUUGUCAAUAGCAGUGGAAUCGAGUAUAACGACGCUACCAGUCGAAUCGUUACUUCUGAAGAAUGGUGGAACCGAAACAUUAAGGAGAACGUGAUCUAUAAAGACUUCAAAGAUAGAGACGUCAAGGAGAUAUACAUAAAAUAUCGUCAGCUAUUCGACGACAGCUACGAGGCAGACAAGUACGCUAUCACACAAUGAAGUUGUGCAGAACGGGAUUUAGCCUGAAUGAGGAUAGUGUGCUCGAGGACAAUAGGGAUGCAAUCCCGGUGGACGAUGAGAGCAGUGGUUCAAGUGACGAAGCCGAACAGAUGGGGGUUCGUGCCUGCUAUAACGUUUCUAGCACCACAGAUAGCAAUAAAAGGAAGUCUUCUAGCGAGCAGCGGAGGGGCAGGAAGAAAAAGAUGUCUGCUCAUGAACUGUCCUUCUCAGUAGUCCGCGCCACCAGUGCGACGGAAGAAGUGAUGGCGAAGAUUCAUACAAUGAUGACUUCAAAUAAAAGCGCUGGCGUGAACUGUGUCAAAGAGUUGCUAGCGACAGGCCGGCUCGAGCGGUGUACACCUUUUUACUUUUACAUAUGCCAGUUUCUGGCCCAUAAGCAGUACAGUGACAUGCUCGCCAUCAUGAGAGACGCGGAUGAAAAAUUUGAGUGGAUCGAGUGGAUGUUGAAAGCCUAAGAUGGUUAUAGUAAUUUUUUCGAAGAAUAGUUUUAUGCAUACAAUUAAUUCUCACUUAAAUGUAGCAAUUAGUCAAAUAUGAAUAGGAAUGAAGACUAAGAUAAAUUCACAAGUAAUAAAUAAAAACAAGGAUAAGUAAAAGGGAAGAGAAGUCAAACGAUAUGAUAUGGAGGUUCAAUCCAAUGCAAUGAUCUAC